AUGUCCAACACCCUCGAGCAGCUCAAGAAGUUCACCACCGUCGUCUCGGACUCGGGCGACUUUGAGUCGAUUGCCGUCUACAAGCCCCAGGACGCCACCACCAACCCGUCGCUCAUCCUCGCCGCCGUCAAGAAGCCCGAGUACGCCCGCCUCAUCGACGUCGCCGUCGAGUACGCCAAGAACAAGGGCGGUGACGUCGACUCGCAGGUCGAGAACACCAUCGACCGCCUCCUCGUCGAGUUUGGCAAGGAGAUCCUCAACGUCGUCCCGGGCCGUGUCUCGACCGAGGUCGACGCCUCGCUCUCGUUCGACACCGAGGGCACCAAGUCCAAGGCCAAGCACCUCAUCGAGCUGUACAAGGAGGUCGGCAUCCCCAAGGAGCGCAUCCUCAUCAAGAUCGCCUCGACCUGGGAGGGCAUCCAGGCCGCCCGCGCGCUCGAGAAGGAGGGCAUCCACUGCAACCUCACGCUCCUGUUCGGCUUCCAGCAGGCCGUCGCCUGCGCCGAGGCCGGCGUCACCCUCAUCUCGCCGUUCGUCGGCCGCAUCCUCGACUGGUACAAGAAGAACAAGCCCGACGGCGACUACGCCGGCGCCAAGGACCCCGGUGUUCAGUCGGUUGCGAGCAUCUACAAGUACUACAAGCAGCACGGCUACGACACCAUCGUCAUGGGGGCUUCAUUCAGGGCUGUUUCCGAGAUCAUCGAGUUGGCCGGCUGCGACUUCUUGACGAUCGCGCCCGCCCUCCUCAAGGAGCUGCAGGGCAUGCAGGACGAGGUCAAGCCCAUCCUGUCCAAGAGCGACCUCGGCGAGCCCAUCGACAAGGUCAGCUUCAUCGACAACGAGCCGGCCUUCCGUUGGUCCCUCUUGCAGGACCAGAUGGCCUUUGACAAGCUUCACGAGGGCAUCAAGAAGUUCGCGGCCGACGCCGACGAGCUCAAGGACCUUCUCAAGGCCAAGCUGCAGUAG